GAGUGUGCGUGUGUACGGUACGCGCGCUCGACCGCUGUUGCAGUAAGUACCGCGUCUCAUGUCAGUCCGUCUGACAUAGCGUCCUCCGCAUACCGCUCAGCUCCGCGCGGGUCUUGGCGUGUACAAAAGUGCGCUGGUGCGUGUGCGCGCGUGUGUUCGUCCGCUCGUGUAAAACGCGUGUGUGCCUUCCGCGACGUGUGUGCGUGUACGUGUGCACGCGUAUGCGAUAUACAAUAACGAAACACCACGAACAUCGCGGGUCAGUGUGCGCCGGUGCGUGUCAAUCAUUCGCGCGCGCGCGCGCGCCUAUUUUUCAAAUUUUUUUUUUCCCCUCAUUAUUAUUAUUUUUUUUUUUUUUUUUAUCGUUUUCUCUCCGUUCUCUCUCGUCCCCGACGCGCCUUCGGUCUCUCGCGAAUAUAUCUGUUCACAACAACCUAAUGUACCUACUGUACGGUACGUUCGCAAUACGUACAAUAAAACUAUACCGAUAUCAAUAACAGUACAUACAUAUAUAUAUAUAUUUAGUAACACAAACAAUAUAAUUCGUCAUUAAUUACACACGCGUGCACUGUUCGAUGACGGUCAUGCCUUAUGGAUAAAUCGGUAGCCCGUGUACCCGCCGGACCCGAACUAAAGAUUCAAUGAUUUUGUGGACUAUUAAGAAUUCAAGACAUGCGCAUGGAGAACGGUUAACUAAAAUAUUGUUGGCCUCAAAAUCACAAAAACAGGCUUUGAAACUUCAUCGUUGAAGUCUGUUGAUUACGCAUUAUAUCACACUACAGGGGAGGCUGAUACGCCAUGCUUAACUGCACCGAUGCCGAGUGCACGUUGCACCAUCACCAUAUCCACGUGGAAUCCAUUCAGCAUCAUCUUCAGGAUGAUCGACAACACCAUGAACAUUCCUCGGUUAUGUCCAGUGAUGCAAACAGUUUUAACGAUAUAUAUCAGGGAUUCAUUAACAGCAGUGCAAAUCCAGAAUACUCUUCCGAACAUGUUGAUGUUCCGAACGAAGGAGUAUAUAUGGUGUGCGGUGUUCUCAUCGCCAUGGUACUUGUCGCGGUGAUAAUAGUUGUAUUGGCAGUUACUAUAAGUAAACUUAGGAAACGCGAGGAAACUGCUGUUGCGGCUGCGACAGCAGCAGCAACACCAAAUGCCACCACCAACACCGCUACUACGAUUGUAGUAAAUAACAACAGCAUUAACACCAAUAACAACGUGGACUGUCAGUUACCACAUGCCCAAUCUGUUGAUGUCGCUGUUGUCACAAACGUUUCAAGAGAUGUGGGCGAUGCGCCUGUACCUUUACCGUUCCUCUGGCAGUAUUCGGCCAAAAACGCUGCAGCCAAAAACAGCAAUGGGUAUAACUCACCUUACAGGCUGUACAGUUCUGAUCAGGACACAUUGGUGUGCAGUGUACCCAUCGAAGAGACUGCAGAGCACCGUAAAGGACUACGAAAAAACUUGCGUGGUAAGUGGCGAAGACUGGUGCACAAAAAGCAACAGCAACAGGACUCAUACAAAAUACCCGCAGAAUUACGGGACCAGCUCAAACAGAUAUAUGUGUACUGAUUCUAUAAGUUUGUUUCAAGACAAUCCACAAAACCUAUCAAAUUUUCAAUCUAUAAUUAUUCUAUAUUAUUAUUUUUUUUUCUAUGAAAGGACAAAACAAUCAUGUUUUUUAUAAAUA